AUGCGGGUGACUUACUUGCUGUUCGGCUCGCUUGCCGUCUCGGUCCUCUGUCCUCUCUGUCCUCCUCAAUGUUCUGAUGGAAGGUGCCGGCAGGGGGACGGAGUGAAGGCAGCCCAUGGGAUUGAGGGACUAGGAUACCUGGACGAGGAUACGAUAGAGCUGAUGCAGAUUUCUAUUCCCGGAAGCAGAUUGCACGCUCAUGAGCUCGACGGGCAGUUCAGCAUCGCUGGUGGCAAAGGAUCGAUUCCUGAGUCAGCAGUGCAUGUGUCGGAGGUGCCUAAGGUUCACCAGCACGUGGUGCUUCCUCCGGUUGGUCGACAGGAUGGGCCAAUGUGCAUGCGUACGUCAACGGUGAAAAAGGCAAAGCCUGAAAGCAAACCUGACGUGUCUGCAAUCACCGAUGUCUUCAAUAAGGCUCUUGAAGAUGCAUUCUCCGAGGCCACAACAGAAAAAAGUGAAGAGGCGCCGGAGGAGGAGGAGGCUGAGCCAGAGGAGGAGCCGCAACAGGAGGAGGAGGAAACCUCGGAAGAGCAGGAAGAAGAAAAGCCACCGGAAGAGCAGGAAGAAGAAAAGCCACCGGAAGAGGAGAAGCAGGAGGAGGAGCAGCAGCAGCAGGAAGAGCAGGAGCAGAAGGAAGAGAAAAGCGAGGAGGUCAAAAACGAGGAGACGGCAGUGG